AUGAGCAGCACCUAUCAGCGUCAGGGCGCCCCCAUUCUGCAAUCGCCGCCAAUCGACAUUAAUAAGCCUUAUGAUGCUGCCUGGGUCAAGGGCAAGGUCAUCCUCAUCACAGGCGGAGCAAGUGGCUUUGGUGCAGCCUUUGUCAGACAUUGGGCAACCCAUGGCGCUACCAUCAUCGUCGGAGACAUCAAUGUCGCCAAAGGCGACGCCGUCUGUCGUGACAUCAACACGCACAUCUCCGGCAGCAACAAGGUGCACUUCGUCCACUGCGAUGUAACCGAUUGGCAAUCCCAAGUCAACCUCUUCAAGGAGGCCGUCAAGCUGAGUCCUCAUGGUGGAUUGGAUGUCGUCGUAGCCAACGCAGGGAUUGCAGGACGGGAUAUUCUACAGGAAGCCGCGAACCUCGAUGCCGCAGCACCGCCACCUCCCGCUUUCAAGAUCAUGGACGUCAACGUCACGGGUGUGCUGUAUACAACGCACCUCGCCUACUUUUGGCUGCCCAAGAACCCGGGCUCUUCGCCGAGCAGCAUCACUUCGAACCCGUCAGCCUCUCCGCGGGACCGCCACCUGUUGCUACUGGGCUCGGUUGCCUCGCUGUGCCCCGUGGCUAUUCAGCCACAAUACUGCGCCGCCAAGCAUGCUGUUCUCGGCCUGUUCAGGAGUCUCAGAUCGACGAGCGCACUGCAAGGCUAA